UUAUGAACUUUAAAUCUCAUCAGGAAUCUCAUCUCUGCUCAGGUCAUGGAUCUGGAGCUAAAACCAGUUCUAGCUGGUUCUCCUGAUUGCCCCGCCGAGGCUGUUCAUGGCUCCUACCUCCGCAACUGGCCAUCCAUUCACCAGCAGGGUCUGAGCUGCAUGAAUAGGACUCAUAUUCAUCUGUCAACCGGACUUCCAGGGGAAGAUGGCAUCAUCAGCGGCAUGAGGAAAAACUGUGACCUAGCUGUGUUUAUUGAUGUCUCCAGAGCUCUGGCUGAUGGUAUUGACUUCUUCUGGUCAGAGAAUGGUGUGUUGCUGACUGCAGGUGAUGCCGAGGGUAAACUCCUUCCUAAAUACUUCACCCGAGCCCUAAAACUCAAGCCUACAAGAUGCAUCCUUCCCCUGCAGUAAAAGCUGCUGCGCUUGAUGUUCUCACCAAGCUUGAAUCCAGCUUUGCCGUAGGUUUUCUUGGUUUCCAUGACGUCACAAGUUUUACAUUUCCUAUAAAUAACAGGACUUGCAUUUACAGCCCAAUUUUAUCUUCAUAAUAAAUACUGACCCAGAUAAAUAUAAGCCGACAUGGUACUUUUUUUGUUUAUACUGUGCCUUACUAAAGUACUUGUGUCACAUUAUAGCCACAAAUUUUCACAUAUUUCAUUGAGAUUUAAUGUGGCAAAGUAAAGACGCGAAUAAAUAUGAGGUGGAGUGAAAAUGGCACAGGGUUUUCUA